AGUUUGUAGUUGCUUGUGGGGGUAACUUCCCCUGAGGCCUCACAGCUGGGGGAAGUUCAAAGACCAGGAAGCCACCCAGGGGUGGAGUACGGAAGGGCAGGGACUUUACUGAAAUGAAAGUGAAAGCAAAGAGCCUGCAUAAGAACCAGAAGAAGUGUCUUUCAAGCUCUGCUGGGGAGACCAAAACUCCUCAAAGUGCAAGCAAGACUAGUUGCAUUGGACCCUGCCACUUUGUGCCAGCUCUGAAGCCUCAGCCCUUGCUAACUGGACCUUAGACCGUGAUGGCCCUCCAAGCCCUUCAGGAGGAACAGGCCAAACUAAAGACCAGGCUACAGGAGCUGAAAAGGAAGCUCAGGGACAACCCCCAAGACAAGGUCCCAUUCCCAGUGCCUGAGGCCACCCUAGUGUUCCGAGGAGACAUUCAGCAGGGCAAGGAAACGGCCAAGUCUGUGGUUUCUCACCUGCGGAUCUGUUACCCUCUGCCUGGAGGCUCUGCUCUGGUCACCUUUGAUGACCCCAAUGUGGCCAAGCAGGUGCUGCAGCAAACGGAGCACACGAUCAAUGUGGAAGGGUUCCGACUGCGGGUGCAGGUCCAGCCCUUGGAGCUGCCCAUGCUGACCACCAUCCAGGUGUCCAGCCAGAUGAAUGAACAGAGAGUACUGGUCAGUGGGUUUCCUGCCGGGCUUAAGCUAAGCGAGGAGGAGCUGCUGGACAAGUUGGAGAUCUUCUUUGGCAAGAGCAAGAACGGGGGUGGCGACGUGGAGACGCGGGAACUGCUGCAAGGCAGCGUCAUGCUGGGCUUCGCUAAGGAUACGGUGGCCCAGCACCUGUGCCAGACGGGCCAGUUCACAGUGCCACUGGGUAAGCAGCAGUUCCCUCUGAGAGUCUCUCCCUACAUGAGUGGAAAGAUCCAGAAGGCUGAGGUAAGUGGGAAGGUGGAAGAUGGGGACUGGACCCGGUCACCUGUCUGCCUGCCAGAAACUUGCCCAGGGAAGGAUCACAGCCCCGAAACCCCACUGACCUACCCACUGCCAACCUCUCCAGGCCUCCUGCCCCCUCCCAUACUCCCACGGUCGCCACCUGCCCCGACCUCUGCCGCCCCCGGCCCCCCAGCCCAACCUGCACGAGCCCCUGCCCAGCUCCCGGCUCCUUUUCCAGGUCAGCUCCCUGCCAGUGCCCCACUCGGCGCUGGUGCUCAACAUUCCCGAUGUCCUGGAUGGCCCGGAGCUACAAGACGUGCUGGAGAUCCACUUCCAGAAGCCCACCCAUGGGGGCGGGGAGGUGGAAGCCGUGACAGUCAUGCCCCUGGGACAGCAGGGCCUGGCGGUCUUCACUGCCAAGUUGGGCUAGGAGCCUGCCCCGCUCAUCACCCCCGCCCCUCUGCCAGGGUUCUCAAACCAGGCUGGGGCUGGACACACACACAGGAGAGAGAGAUCAUGCCGGUCAACGGCAGGAGGGACUGCGAAUUGUGAAACGCUGCCCUGAGAACAGUAAAAGCGCCUGCAUUGC